AUGGCAGCUUUGUUCAACACAAGGCCCGUUUUCAUGCUCCUGGUUCCAUUACUACUGCUUCAUCGUAGUUUAGACACUUCUUUCACAUUCCCCAAUUUUUCAGCGCCGUACCUGAACAGCCUUUUAGCCUUCGAAGGUGAUGCCUCUUCAUCAAAGGGUGUGAUACAACUAACAAAGGUCCAAGAUGGCAGAGUGGUGCCCAACAGUGUUGGCAGAGCCACCUAUGCUCUACCUGUUCGCCUUUGGGAUGCACAAACUGGUAAAGUUGCAAGCUUUGCCACUUCCUUCUCUUUCAACAUAUCCUAUGGUCGAAUCAAUGGAGAUGGAAUCGCUUUCUUCCUGGGAACAACCGAAUCUACCAUGCCCCUAAGUUCAUUUGGCGGCUACCUCGGACUCUUCGAUCCCAAAUUUGCUUUUAGAGACACCGACCAGAACCAAAUAGUUGCUGUUGAAUUUGACAUGCACCAGAAUCCAUGGGACCCUCCUUUUCCCCACGUAGGCAUUGAUGUCAACUCCAUUUCUUCCGUGGAAUCGGCGCAGUGGGAAAGUAAUCCUGGAUUGAUAACAGCAUUUGUGACCGUAACCUAUGAAGCUGCUGCACAAAGUUUGAGCGUGGUUGUCAAGAACGGACCAACGAUUAGCCUCAUGAUUGAUUUGAAGACGGUUCUUCCCGAAUGGGUGAGGGUUGGGUUCUCCGGCGCCACCGGACGGUUGACUGAAGUGCACCAGAUUCAGUCUUGGACUUUUAGUUCCAGCUUCGAUUAG